CAGACUGCAGCUACACUUGUCAUGAGCAGUGCCAGGACCUUGUGACCUUAGACUGUAAGGCAGAACUCACUCCAGACUCUCACACCAGCCAAGACGACCUCUACAUAGAGAGUGUUGAGGAUCCUGAACUUGAUGACAAUAGCACUCAAGAUGAGGAGGAGGAAAUGGAUGAAGAUUUAGAAGAUUGCCUGGAAGAACAAGAAGAAAAACAUGAAGAGGAACAGCAAGAAAAGGAGAUGAAAGAGGAGUCUUAUAAGAAGUUUGAGGAAGUAUCAACCUUAAGGAAGACUGUCAAUAGGUUGCAGAGUCAUUUAGUAGACAAUGAAACAUUGGAGGCCUGGGUGGAAAGAUACAAUGCCACAGCUCAGGGAUUGCAAAUAUCAAAGGAAGAUGAUGGCAGUUUCCGGGGAUGUAUCCGUGUCCAUCUUAAUCUCACCCGUCCUAUCAAUAUUGUGGCAGGCACAAGACCCCCUUCUAUCUAUGAUAUCCUUCAAGAAGACAGAACGAUGGAGAAAACCCUAACAUCAUUUUAUAUGCCCAGAGAUGCAGUGAAAGCUAUCCAUAUAACAAGCAAAACAACCACAAGAGAGGUCAUCAUUGCCUUGCUCAGAAAAUUUAAAGUUGUUGACAACCCACAAAAGUUUGCCUUGUAUGAGAGGACGUAUGAUACAGCACAGUCAGUAAAAGCAAAACUUCGACGACUGGGUGACUCAGAGUGCCCCCUAGUCUUGGCUCUUAAUUGGAGUGCAGGUGGACUCACCAACAAACGACUUGUCCUACAAGAAAAUGAUACAGCAGAUAUACAGUGGGAAGCCUUCAGCUUACCAGAACUAAGUAAUUUUCUGCGUAUCCUGGAUAGAGAAGAAGAGGAGUACCGAUGUCAGAUUCAAGACAAGUAUGCUUUACUUCGUCGCCGGAUUGGCAAUGUCUUACUUCAAAACAAACCGUGAAGUAAAUAGUGAAGGAGAGAAAAAUUUGUCUCUGUUUUACAAGAAAUAGAAUUACUUGUUAGAAAAGUAAGAAUUUUUCUUGCUUUUGAUCUGAGCUUUAUCUAUAACUAAGUCUUGCUAUUGAUUUUUUUUUUAUGCAGAAAUAUUUUGAAAAUUGGAAGAGUGCAAAUAUUUCCUUGAUUACCCUAUUAUUCUAAGUUGAAUAUUCUGUAGAUGAAUUGGCCAAGAGAACUCACUUUUGAUGGUAAUUUUCUUGACUUGUACAUAUUGGUCUGUGGCAAUUUAUUUUCUAGAUCAUUGACAUAAACAGAAUAUUGAGCUUUUGUAUUGUGAAAGGGCUUACCUGUCUAUGAGACUGAAAAUAUGUGUUUCCAGUAGGACAACUUGUGAGUGUCCUUUAACCUCAAAUAUUUUACCCACUUUAAAAGAGAAAUGUAAGUCAAAAUAUACUGUAUUUAAAAAUUUACAGUAUGUUAAUUACUGCAGUUACUGUAAUUGCAUUUCUUAAAAUGUCUCAUUCAUAUAUUAUAUACAUAUACUGUACUGGUACAAUUCACUAUCAUAAGAUAAAUAACUACAUUUAUA